GUGCGCUGUCGCCACAUCCUCGUGCGCCACGCGGCCUGCAAGCAGCCGCAGGACCCGGUCCGCGGCAUGCGCGUGAGCCGCGCGCAGGGGCAGGCGGAGGCGAAGUUGCUGGAGGUGCUCGCCGACCUCGGCGCGGCGGCCCCCGCGUCCGACGGCAAGGGGGCGGCGGCGCUGCAGGCCGCCUUCACCGCGCAGGUCCGCGCCGUGUCGGAGUGCACGUCCUCACUGAAAG